GGUCUGUAAGUUUGGUUGUAGUGGAGAUUCAAGACAGAUGACAGUAAGCGCUGUUCUACUACUCAGGUGGGAUACUUUAUCUAGCGUUAGCCGAAUGCUAAUGUAGGACGUUAGCAAACCUCUGCCAGCAAGAACAUUUUCAAGGGUGAUCACAAGGAUGCAACAAUAGAGGAACUGCAGGAGCAGCCGAGAGACGCGAUGUUUUAUCUGGAGACGCAGCGGCAGAUCGAACACCUGCCUCCGGAGGCUCACAGUGAAAUCCAAGGAGGACAGAUCAACAUUGCAGCCAGCCCGUCGGAUGCGACUGUCUGCAAAUGUUCCACAUCUUUUGCUGUUGCAGUGACCAUGUCUCUGAGUGCAUGCCCUGUGUCUUCUAGGGGGUGAGACACUGUGUGGCAGUGUCUGGGCCCCCUCCAGGAGGGUCUGUCCCGCAGCUACUCCAACACCCUGUUCAAGCUGCUGAUGCUUCUCCUCUGCUGUCGCCUUUGAGCCUGUGAUGGACCUGUAUUCCACCUGGAUGCCAAGCAUGUACAGCACGAUACCAUAGAGUCAGUACACCAUCUGUGCCCACGUUCAGAAAGCAUCUCAGAAUUAGGAUGGUUUCACAUUAGGGCCCUGGGUGCGGAUCAGAGUGCACUUGACCCCAAAGUCCAGUUCAUUUUGAUCAGUGUGAACACAAGUAUACCCAAUUCGGGCACCGUGCCCGAGUCGGCUUUAAGAGGCGGUCUCGAGCAAGAUUCAUGUGUACUCAAGUACAGUCUGUGGGAGGUGUGAACGCAGCUGUGCUCAAACAAGGAAAUGGGCCGCCAUGUGACGUCAAAACUGCUCAACUCUGUUAGUUUAAACAUUAACAAACAUGGCUGUGAGGAUCUAUGGAGUAACGAAGAAGUGAAAUGCUUGAUUGAAAUUUGGGCCAAUGAAACCAUACAGACACAAACUCUUGAGAUUUAUGGAAGUAUUUACAUGCACCCAGUUGAUGACGUGAGUGAUUGCUGCUGCUUCUCAGCAGAUUGCAAACAUGCACGCUGCCACCUGCUCUGUCAGACAGUUUACAUGUGCGAGUGUGCUGGGGCACGAGACGGUCAUACCUAAUGUGAAAACCCUUCUAAAAGCGGAGCUGGAAGUGGACUUCAGACUAAAACACUGCGACCUCAGAGUAGGGCUGAGAUGAAGCUUCCUACACUGGUUUUCAGCAGAACGACAACACCUGAGACAGCAUGUCAGUCCUCACAGCUGCAGUGUGGAAUACUAUGUAAUGGUCACAUUCAGAGUACAAUUCAACAUUUAUGUGUAUUGGUUUCGGUUAACACAUUAUGCUGAGUCACUGCGUCAGUUCGCUGCAGCCUCCCAGUCCUGUAAUUUCUCCCUCAGCUUUUUCCACUCUAACCAGAAAGAUACCUCAGAGUACAUCAUUCAGGCAUAUAAGUACGGAGUGUUUGAGAAAAUCCCAGAGUUCUUUGCUCUCAGGAACGGGUUGAACCAAUCACUGCACUUUGCCCAAGUCCACACUGAGAGGAUGCUGCUGGACCUGUUUGUGUCCAGUCUGGAGGACAGUGUGAAGGCCAUGUCUUUGUCUGCAGAGGAGGAUGACAUCCCCUGGAAUAAUAUGAGGGACAACAGAGACCCUGUUUGUGAACUCGAACAUGAGUCUUUAACUCAUUUAAUUUAUUGAAUGUCCCUUUUCCAAAGCGUUUUGGGCUGAGAUUUGUUUUACCUUUCACUUCUUACAAAAAGCUAAUUGUAUAUGUUUCUACAAACUGAUUUUGGUAAAAACCUGGAUAACACAAAUUAAGCUUUUAUGUUUAAUAGGGAAAUUUGAUACACAUAAAGCCAGAGUGAUGUCCUCUAAACCAAAUAUUCAUUUGUUUUACUCUAAAUUAAAUAUUUUGGCUAAUUCACUAAAGAUGGUAAAGCAAAAUAAGACAAACUUUAAAACAUCCUGCAUUUUGGAGAAAAUUACAGUGA